CAAGCGUCCGCUCUGCCAUGUUGAGCACGCUCACGGCCUAAUGGAAGAAGGCACAAAAUCCAAGAAAACCGUCUUCGUCGGGGGCAUCGGCGACGACGUAGACGAGACCGUCAUCCUCGAGAACUUCUCCCCCUUCGGUGACGUUAUUGAAGUACAACUUCCGACCGCACCGUCCAAUCCCUCGCACCCUAACGAUUCAAAACAUCGUGGGUUCGCCUUCGUGACGUACUCCUCGCCGGCCGAUGCCCAGGAUGCCAUCGACAACAUGGACCUCAACGAACUCAAUGGUCGGGUGCUCAGGGUCAACCUCGCCCGGCCUAUGAAGGGCCCUCUUCAACCCCAAGGCAACAGAGCUAUUUGGGAAUCCGAAGAAUGGCUCCAGAAGAACGUCAAACCCCUCGGUGAAAGUGGAGGUCACGCGUUGCGCGCCCAGACGGCCGCUGGAGGUGGCGCACCAGGUGAGGAGGGCGAAGCCGAAGAAGGGCAUGAAGACGAGAAUGCCAUGGAGGAGUAAAUGCUGCUUUCUCCGCUUUGUACGACUACUGGCCCGCACUCAUCGCCCUCGCUCUGAAUGCAGCAAACCCCAUGGCGGGCGCCAAGCUUUUCCUCUGCAGCAAAUCAUAAGUAUUGACAGUCCGUUGGUACACUACACUACAAGUACAAGGGUGAAAAGCGUCGUGAGGUAUCAUCAAGGCUGGUAUGAGCCCGAAGGGUUCAUCUCCGACUCCUCGAACUGAGCGCGUGCCCGCUUGAUGUCCUCCUGCAUGAACAAGAGCUCCUCCAUACGUGCGAGCUUCUUCGCGUCUGCUGGUCGCGACAGUGCUCUGCGGAGGUCUUCUAUCGAGAGGCGCGAUUUCUUGCCGCCGGAAGAAGCCGUCUGGCACACGUCCACUAUGUAUUCAAUGAGGAUCUCCUCCAUGACGUUCACCGUGUCGUUCGCUGGGUUUCGGUCGUCGCCGAAGCCGUACAUGAGAUUACGCAAUUCUUUGGUAAACAUCCCCCGGUAGCUCGAUCCCUUUCGAGCACUCCGGCUGUUGAAAGGGGCAGAGUCCCUGUUGUAAGACGAGAACGUGUACGUGGAUGGUG